GAUAAUACGAGAAGUGGUAACAAGUGGAGGCUACCGGGGAUGGCCAUGCUACCAACCUAGCACUUCCGUGAUCCGUGAUCCGAGUUCCGAUGAGCAUCAGUCGAGAUCUAUCCGAGCCCCUUUCUCAGUUAAAUCUUUAAAUAUAGGGUUACUUCUUGACCUUAUCUUUGGCGUACACUACGUGUUAGUUCCCAGGAUUUGAUAUCUGAACCAUCUCUCAUCUUACAAUGCCAGGUCGCACUCGUUUUUCGCCAGACCACGAAGACCAUUCGGACCAACAUGGCUUCCUCUCAGGUUAUUCUAUAUCAAAGAAUGGGUUUCUUCCUGCGCGAGAACCAUUAAGGCGUCUGCCAAGUUCAUAUUAUGCUCCGUGGGAAACCCUACUGGACGAUCUCCCGUUGUUGAUAAAGGAGAGAAGGAUACGAAAAGCGGUCGACCGUAUGCAAGGUCUUUCGACGAAUAAACUCCACACGGAAGAAGAGUGGCGUCGUGCCUAUGUCGUCCUGUCGUUCCUAUCCCAUGCGUAUAUUUGGGGAGGCGAAAAGGCGUCGGAGGUGCUCCCCCAAGCGAUAUCAGCUCCUUUUCUUCAGGUUUCAGACCACCUCAGCCUUCCACCAGUAGCGACGUACGCUGCGCUCAACCUCUGGAACUUCGAGUGCGGUGGAUCUGACUUCCAAGAUCUUGACAAACUGCAAGCCUUGCACACGUUUAGCGGGACACAGGAUGAAUCAUGGUUCUUCUCGGUAUCUGUAGCGAUGGAAGCGCAAGGAGCCUAUAUAAUUCCAGUCAUGUUGCAUGCGCUCGAUUCUAUUCAAGAACGAGAUUACUUGACUAUAUCGAGAGCUCUGGAUGAAUUAUCGGUCUGUGUCGGGAAGCUUGGUCAACUUCUUGAUCGAAUGGAUGAGAAAUGCGAUCCUAUGAUUUUUUAUCACCAGAUCCGACCGUACCUAGCCGGAAGCAAGAACAUGGGCGCGGCGGGCCUUCCGAAUGGAGUCUUAUAUCAGGACGCGAAUGGAGCACCCAGCUGGAAACAAUUGAGAGGUGGAAGCAAUGGGCAAAGCUCGCUUAUUCAAUUCUUUGACGCUGUUCUUGGUGUUGAACAUAGAUCAUCCGGUGAUGACGCACGCACAAAAUCGGCCGUGCCUUCAGGGACGAGCAAACCAACCCCAACUUUUCAUGCAGAGGUCCGUUCGUAUAUGCCAGGGCUACAUAGCGCAUUCCUGGAACAUAUCUCGUCCAUGAAAAGCUUGAAGGACUUCGCAAAUGAGCCCGGCGAUUCUGAUGAACAAAGACAGCUAUGGCUAUCGUUCCAGGGCGCCACUAAAGCUCUCGGGGACUUUCGAAAUAAGCAUAUGCAACUCGUAGCGCGAUACAUCAUCGUGCCUUCGAGGAAGCAAAAUCAAUCGACACAGCUCAACCUUGCUGUCGCGUCGUCGCGACCCGGUCGUCAAUCGGAAAGCGAACUAACGGGAACAGGAGGGACGGCGCUAAUACCAUUCCUUAAGCAGACGAGAGAUGAGACUUAUGUGACGGGAGUUAAAAACCCGACGGAAUAGAAAGUCUAGAAAUGCUUAUGAAGUAGCAGUACAUAACCAGAUCUUAGAGUUUACCUAACUAGGGAUAUUAUGAAUGUAAUGAGAAGUCAUGAUCGUAUAACUUGGUUUCAAUUAGGUAAUUGGUGAAGAGUGAAUCGGAAGGAACGUCGGAUGUGGGAAUGCAGAAAAUUGCGGAAGUUCGGAUAGCCGCAUUGUUCACUAAGUCAGCCACUGACGACAGGGGGCCAUUUUAGGGUCCGUUCUUUUCACCUUUAACUUCCGA